AUGCCGCCAAAGAAAGGAAACGCUGCUAACUAUCCAAACAUCAACGACCGAUUCCAGCGGAUGGAAGAUCGGAUUCAAGGGAUGGAAGAUCGAUUCACAGAACUUUCCACGGGGGUCGAGGAGAUUCGAUUGGCAAUGAGAACCAUGAUGGAAGAGGUGCGUACGAACUGCGACACCGGUGACCGGGGCGCGCGCGGAGGGUUUCGCGGUGGUCGUGGUGGACGUGGCUUUAGCGGGGCGCCCCGCCGGCAUUCAUCUCAGCCCCCGCCCGGCGACUAUGACAACGGCGAAGAGACCAUAUAUAUGGUCAAUCCUUUCGGCGAAGGGCAAUUUCAAAGAGGCACCGAGGAGUUCGACGCACACGGUGGGCAUGGCCAGCGGCGUGGGGCACCCUUCAUGGCGGACGGCGACCAGAUGCAGCGGCCUAGGGUUUGCCAUCACAGACGGGACGACCCUCACGAGGAUGUAUAUCUGCGAUGGGGUGGGGCUCACGAUCGCGAAGGAUACGGCUUCACCGGCGGUGACCAUCAGGGCAGGGACGGAGUGUUUCGGCGCGCGGGUUUUGGCUACGCUGCGGGGGACGGACGGCAGCACCAUGAAGGGCUAGGAUUCGCUGCGGGCAAGCAGUUCCAGCAGGACUGGGGCUGGCACGAUGGUCGGGACUUCACCGGUGAGGAGCAGCAACGACGAGCUUUGGGCCCCACGUUGGAUAGUGGCGGCCAGUCGCGUUGGGUGCAAGCUCCAGAUUCGGUUUCUGAUGCACACCAGCGAGCACUGAUGCUCGAACAACAACAUGCACGAAAGGCGGGUGCUUUGUCUGCACCAUCUUCUAAGGAAAUUCCGGGGACAAUGGUUACGACGCUAACUGGGUCGAACAGUCAACCGGGUGUUGGAGCAGUGUACGUUGGUCCCACGGCCCAAUGUCCGAAGACAAAGGGGUCACGGGCUUUAAUUGUUGAGGAGAUGGAGGCCGGCGAGUAUGAUGGCCCGCCGAUUUUCGAUGAGGAGCCUCCGGGACCGGGGGAUGAAGCUGGAAUUAUUGCUAUCAAAACCAUUGCACUUGAUGCGAUUUUUAGUGACCGUGUUGUGCAGUAUAGAGAACUACAUGGGCAUGAGUCUCACAAAUGUUUGCCAUAUUUUAAUCCAUGUUUCAUACCCCUUGAAGAUGGUGUUGCAUCUGGAUUUAAAAAAUUUGAAGCAGAAGCGUUUGCUAUGUGGUUUUACAUAUUGAAGCAAAAAAGGGCAAAGGCUUUAGAAGUAUUUGUUUGGGUUGGGUGA